CCUCGGGCGCGCUCCCGCGCCGGGGAUUGCGGGUGUCGCGAGGCGGUGCUGGCUCCGUAUUCCAGGGCUGUCGCGCGGGCGCUUGUGGCCACUUGCCUGGACAGCACCGUGGCGCGGGCGGCGUGGCGGGGGUCCGCUCGCUCGGUCCUGAGCCCGCGCGGCCGGCCGCCUCCGGCAGGCUGGCUGGAGCCAUCUUGGCCCCUUCCUGGCGCCCGAUCGGAGGCUGCAGGUGCGCGGGCGGCUCCAGGGCCGGCUGGGGCGCCCGCAGGCAGCAGGGACGCGGGGCCGCCCUGGCGAGGCCCAGGUGGGCUUCGAGAACAAAGGGCAGCUCUUUGGCCUGCGCUAGUGACUAGCCGCUUCCGGAUCUGGCUGCUCCGCAGACAGCUGCUCCGCCCAGCUCCGCUGACGCUGGGUGCUGGUUCCAGCGCGCCGCUUGCCUGCCAGGGCUCGUGUUUGGGGCCCUUAGCGUAAGCUGUUGUAAAUGUAAAGUCUUGACGCCUUCAGGACGCCUGCCAGUGUGACUUGUCAAAGCAUGAGUGCUCCGCUUUUACCAUUUGGUCUUUAAAGGUUUGAAUGGGUAGAGAAAGCCGGCACGCGGGGUUCUGAAAUCUGGUGUUUCCGUUUCCGAGUCUUUAACAGUUUGCAGGUUAAUGAAUGCCCCGGGUCUGUGCGAUGCCCUAACUCAGCCCACACUGCUCUGGAAGAGGAGCCUGCUGAUGCCCAGCCUCAGCAUCCAGUGCUUCCUACGGACCCCCUGCUUACUGCUUCUGACUAGGUUCCCUGGGCAGGAAGGUCACAUGGUCAGGCGAGUCAGCGGGAGGAAGCUCCUGGGAACUGACAUGCUCUGACCUGUGGGCGCAUGUGCAGAGCUUUGCUGUUGUUCAGGACCUUGCGGAGGUGCUCCUGGCGUCUGGAGAACUGAGGUGCAGCCACCUGCUACAGUGCCUCUGUACCAGGCAGGCAAUUUGCUUGAAUGAUUGUUCCGUGUGUUUCUGCACCUGUCUUGACUUUAGGAAAGUCAGGGAUUUUCCGUGUUUAAAAGUGGCCACAUCAUCUCCUCUGCCAUAGGGAAGGAGUGAUGGACUUUAAAGUUAAGUAGUAGCUGUUCUCUUGUUGCAAACCAGGCCCUUCCCACUGCUGUGCACACUGCUGUGUGCCAGUACAAGGACAGGGACGUGGUCCUUAACGAGCCUUCACAGCCCCAGAAACAGUAGCUUCAGGACACCUGAGGGAACGCUUCAUCACCAACUGCAAAAUCUUGCAAACGAUUAUUUGGGUGGAAAUGAAAUACAACUAAACUACCUAUCAGUAUUUUAAGAACACGAGAUGAACCCCUGCAUCAUGAUACCUGCACUGGCUCCACCGGGAGUGGACUUGGACCCUGGUUUGCCGGCAGUGGUGUGGAGCGCCUGGAGCCAGGUUGGUGUCCGAGGAAGGGACAUUGUUGUUCUUGGUGUGGAAAAGAAAUCAGUGGCUAAACUACAGGAUGAAAGAACAGUGCGGAAGAUCUGUGCUUUGGACGACAAUGUCUGCAUGGCCUUUGCAGGCCUCACUGCUGACGCUAGGAUCGUCAUCAACAGGGCCCGGGUAGAGUGCCAGAGCCACCGGCUGACUGUGGAGGACCCAGUCACGGUGGAGUACAUCACCCGCUACAUCGCCAGUCUGAAGCAGCGUUACACGCAGAGCAAUGGGCGCAGGCCGUUCGGCAUCUCUGCUCUUAUUGUGGGUUUCGACUUUGACGGCACCCCCCGCCUCUAUCAGACUGACCCCUCUGGCACGUACCAUGCCUGGAAGGCCAAUGCCAUAGGCAGAGGUGCUAAGUCAGUGCGUGAGUUCCUGGAGAAGAACUAUACUGAUGAAGCCAUUGAGACAGACGAUCUGACUAUCAAGCUGGUGAUCAAGGCACUCCUGGAAGUGGUCCAGUCAGGUGGCAAAAACAUUGAACUUGCUGUCAUGCGGCGAGAUCAGCCUCUCAAGAUUCUAAAUCCUGAAGAAAUUGAGAAGUAUGUUGCUGAAAUUGAAAAGGAAAAAGAAGAAAAUGAAAAGAAGAAACAAAAGAAAGCAUCGUGAAGAAAGCUUCCUUGGAGUGGCUUUAACCUCAAUCAUGGAUGAGUCCCAGUGAUACAUGGGGUUUUCCAUCUGUCACACGGAGUACCCAAUAAACUUCCAUAUUUUUUAACCUUUC